UGGACGUGCUUUAGUUGGAAGAUUGAUAAGAGAGUUCAACAGAAUCAAACUGAAACCUUAAAAAAAGAACACGAUCGACAGACAUUGCGAAAGACCUGAGGUUAAUUUUCACACCCUCUGUCUGGACUUCGUAAGGUGUGCUGCUUGCUGACAGCAGUAAACCGCGUGUCUUCAGGUCAUACUUGUUCCUCAGAGGUUUGAAAAUUUAAGGAUAAAGGGAUGGAGAAAACGAGGGCGCAAGAACCGUCCCGCAAGCACAGCAUGUCCCACUGGCGUCUGGAGAACAUCGCCCAGGAGUCCACCGACAGCUCUGAUGAUGAGUUUUUCGAUGCGCGGGAGAGUUUGUACAGGCUGCACCCUCGCUGUGCCCCUCAGAGUAGUGUUGAUGGACUGGAGGAUGUGGAGAGAAAGUGCCGCACUCAGCUUCUGAUCCUGGUGGUCCAUGGCGGUCACAUCCUGGACUCUGGUGGCGACACCGGGGGCAAGUCGGAUGACACGGCCACCCUGGCCUCUGUCCUGGAGAGGCUGGCCCAUGCCCACUUCCAGGCGGCUGCGGAUGGCAUGGUGGUGCGCCUGGUACCCUGCCCACCAGUGUGCUCGGAAGCCUUCUCCCUGGUGUCCCACUUAAAUCCCUACAGCUAUGAUGAGAGCUGCGUGUCCAGCAGUGUGGAUCACCUGCCGCUGGCUGCCCUCCCGUUGCUCACCAUCACCACACCCCGCUACCAGGACGGCGUGGCAACCGUCAUUCACCAGGCCAACCAGGUGUACAGCAACUUCCUGCAGUCUCCAGAGGGGAUCGGCUUCUCUGGGCAGGUAUGCCUGGUAGCUGAUUGUAUUGGGGGUGUCCUCUGCUUUGAUGCCCUCUGCUUCAGCGGAGACAAGAGACACACAGUUGCUGCUGCCUCAAAGAAGCAUGAUAGCAUCGAGAAUUUGAAGGAGAAGCCCUCAGCCACUGUGGACAGCCUGAGCCCUAACCUCCUGGGAAGCAAACGCCUGAGUAAAAGCAACAUCGACGUGUCCUUGCCCACCGAUGUAUCGUCCGUGCCCCCCCACCCGCUCAUGCGCAAGCAGAGUGACUCCUGCAACGCUGACAUCAUGAGUCUCUUACAGGGAGAACACAGCAGGUCCCGCCUGGCGUGCGGCCCGGGCUCUUUUGACUUUGAGGUGUCCGACUGCUUCCUCCUUGGCUGUCCUCUCGGGCUGGUUCUGGCCAUGAGGAAAACAGUCCUACCUGCUUUUCAGGUGUCCCAGCUCCAACCGGCAUGCUCGCAGCUCUUUAAUCUGUUCUACCCUUCGGAUCCCUCUGCCUCUCGCCUGGAGCCUCUCUUCCACCCCAAACUCAGGCAGCUGUCCCCAUUCUCUGUGCCCCGCUACCAGCGCUACCCCCUUGGAGACGGGCGCUCCACCCUCAUAGCUGACACCGUGUUGAAGCACUCUGGGGGUUCAGCCAUGUUGGGAACAGACCCCCUUCCUGAAGGUCUGCCCCCAGUUGAAGUGGACAUUGUGUCUGAGGAAGAGGUUGUUGACAGACUUAUCCAUAAGGCAAGGUUGGCCAGGAGCGACAGUGAAACAUCAGCCACCUCUCAGCAACAACCUGUCUGCCACCUCACUGACUUGUGCAGCCAGUGGUGGGGCUUGAAGCGCCUGGACUACGUGCUCUUCUGCCCUGACGUCCUGACUACAUUCCCUACUGUGGCUCUGCCCCACCUGUUCCACGCAUCCUACUGGGAGUCCACAGAUGCUGUGGCCUUCAUUCUACGACAGGUGUUGCGAUGUGACUGCCUGAAAGCUGGCAAGGCGGACUGCUGUGACACCGCACCCCUCUGCCCCUCCAGUCCACGGGAGAAGUGGCUCCGAAGGCGCACCCACGUCAAACUACGGAAUGUCACAGCCAACCACAGAGUGCAUGAUGUUAUUGCCACGGAGGAUGGUCCACAGACUGUGGUGGGGCGUUUCAUGUACGGCCCCCUGGACAUGGUCACCCUAACAGGGGAGAAGGUGGAUGUAUUUUUGAUGUCUCAGCCUGCAUCCGGUCGUUGGGUGUUCUUUGACACUGAGCUCACUAGCAACAGUGGUCGUGUAUCCUACACCAUCCCUGCAAACAAGCGACUUCCUGUUGGAGUCUACCCCAUAAAAAUGGUGGUCAAGGGUGACCAGACGAGUGCUGAGGCCUUUCUGACCGUGCUGCCCAAGGGCAUGGAGUGUGUGGUGUUCAGCAUUGACGGCUCAUUUGCUGCCAGCGUGUCUCUGAUGGGCAGCGACCCCAAGGUCCGUGCAGGAGCUGUGGAUGUGGUCAGACACUGGCAGGACAGGGGAUACCUGAUCAUCUACAUCACGGGUCGGCCGGACAUGCAGAAGCAGCGCGUGGUGUCCUGGCUUUCGCAGCACAACUUCCCGCAGGGCAUGGUCUUCUUCUCCGAGGGCCUGGUGCACGACCCGCUCCGCCAGAAAACCAUCUUCCUCAAGGGCCUCGUGCAGGAGUGCCACAUUAAGAUCAGUGCAGCCUAUGGCUCCAUGAAGGACAUGUCUGUGUACAGUACUCUGGGCCUGAGCCCCUCGCAGAUCUACAUUGUGGGCCGGCCGUCCAAGAAACACCAGAGCCAGUGCCAGUUCCUCAGUGAGGGCUACGCUGCACACCUCUCCUCCCUGGAGUUCGAGCACGGCUCCUGCACUAAGAAGAGCCGCAUGAUCCCGCGUCAGGCCUCCUUCGGCCUCACCACCAAGUCUGACUUCCUGUCACCAUCUCCCGACUUCCUGUCUUGCAAGCGCACGCCUUUGCUGCGACGAGCCAUGUCUGUGCAGCAGCCGUCCCCACCCCACUCCACCACUGCCACACCGAAGCCUGAACGUGCCAAAAGCCAGCCUGAACGCGCCCACAGUCAGUGUGAAGUACACGUGGACGAAGUGGGGCCUGUUCUCAUCAAAGAGGACCACACUCCCUGACACACGCAGAGGGUGAGGGAGAGAGAGAGAUGGAGGGUAGCACAGAGAAAUGGGUCCCCUGUGGGAAAAACAGUAUCGACACCAAAAUCUAAACUAUUUUACCCAUGUGUCCUGAAGUGUAUGGAGAUCUAUGCCACAGUCCAGCUUGCAGGAGAACCAGAGAAGGACUUGAGAGGAGGUAACGGCACGAUGCAGAUUGAAUUCUCAUGAAGGGCGCCUUAGCGAAGGACAUCAGCUUAGUGGCAGAGAGAAGUGAGCUCCAACACAUCAGAUUUUUAAGUUAUGUUUGAUUUGGAUUUGAGUCACUUUCGCCUAUAUGUAGAUUAAAAUCUUUGUUGCUACAAUGAAGAGUGUGCCCAAGAUGUUAAAUGUGCCACAUGGAGGGAAUAAUCUUAGAUCUAAGCAGAAGGCCACCUGUGUCUCUCUAAUGUGUACAACCUAACAGAUAAAACACAAUCAAUUUCUACAACUCAACCAACACAGCAUAACCGCUCAUGAUACAGUCAUGUCUGCGUCAGUGAUGCCUAGUCUAUGUUCAUAUGAAAUCAUGUAGGCAUGUAAUAAACCAACCAUAGCCAAUCCUAGUUUGGAGUCAACUACAACUCAGGUGCCCUGUGCUGUGUCAGAUACACUGUGUAUGUGCGCAGUGGACACAGUGUACAUGAGCCAAGAAAAUGUGAAACAUAACACAAUGGCCUGCCCUGCUCAAUGGAGUGCAGUAGAGGAGAUACUGAAAUAGAUCUGAAAUAGAGAUCAAAUAUUAAAGCAGACAGAAUGAAAAACUGUUUUUUUCUUUACCUUGGCUUUGUUGAAUACUGUCAUUUCCCAACUAUUAGCCGCGGCUUAUACAUUGAUUUUGCAAAAUUUCUUCAGCUAUGAGGUAAUACACAGGAAAUUACUGUAAAGAGAAUUUGGUGCAUGGCCACAGAGCUACCAUGUACCUUAGGCCUAGUCCACACGUACCAAACCAAUCUUUUUUUCCUCUGUCUUCCCUGGAACCGUAUCAAGAAUAUUUGCGUCCAAACGGAUCCAU